CUUCGUCCCUAGUCGCCGCGGUCCUCAAGCCGCAGGCGCAGUGAUGGCGGAGGCUGUGGAACGCACUGACGAGCUGGUCCGCGAGUACCUGCUCUUCCGCGGCUUUACGCACACGCUGCGGCAGCUGGACGCCGAGAUCAAGGCGGACAGAGAGAAGGGGUUCCGGGUGGACAAGAUUGUGGACCAGCUACAGCAGUUAAUGCAGGUGUAUGACUUGGCUGCCCUUCGGGAUUAUUGGAGCUACCUGGAACGCAGACUCUUCAGCCGCUUGGAGGAUAUAUAUAGACCUACCAUCCACAAGCUGAAAACCAGCCUGUUCCGCUUUUAUCUUGUCUACACAAUCCAGACAAACAGAAAUGACAAGGCUCAGGAGUUCUUUGCAAAGCAAGCCACAGAGCUGCAGAACCAGGCUGAGUGGAAGGAUUGGUUUGUGCUUCCUUUCUUGCCAUCCCCAGACACCAACCCCACCUUUGCUACCUACUUUUCUCGUCAGUGGGCUGAUACCUUCAUCGUGUCCCUGCACAACUUCCUGAGUGUCCUGUUUCAGUGCAUGCCAGUUCCUGUGAUCCUGAACUUUGAUGCAGAGUGCCAGAGGACCAACCAAGUUCAAGAAGAAAACGAAGUUCUGCGUCAGAAGCUUUUUGCCUUGCAAGCUGAAAUUCAUCGGCUGAAGAAGGAAGAGCAACAACCUGAAGAGGAAGAGGCCGUGGUCCAACACAAAUUGCCUCCUUAUGUCUCCAGUAUGGACCGCCUGGGGGAUUCCGAGCUUGCCAUGGUGUGCAGCCAAAGGACUGCCUCCCUCUCCCAGUCACCGCGAGUAGGCUUCCUGUCCUCACUGCUGCCUCAAAGUAAGAAGAGCCCCUCGAGGUUGUCACCUGCCCAAGGACCCCCUCCAGCUCAGAGCUCGUCCAAGAAAGAGUCCUUUAGCAGUCAGGCCACCAAGGGAAAGGACCUGACAGCUGGGGCCAAGAAUGGAAAGAGCCUCCUGGGCGGGCCAGCCCCUGGGGAGUCGAGCUGGACUCAGCAGCGGCAGAGGCGCCUACAGGACCAUGGCAAGGAGCGGAAGGAGCUCUUCUCCACCACUUCCUCCCAGAGUGCAGAAAAGAAGCCGGAAGUCAGUGUCCCAGAAGCUGAGCCCUCCCCAGAUCUCCAUACGGAGUCAGUGGAGUCACUGACAAGGGUGCCCACAGCUGGGCCUGAGGGAGCAGGAGGCCGCACAGAGCAGCCCUUCAUUGUGCUGGGGCAGGAGGAGUAUGGGGAGCACCACUCAUCCAUCAUGCACUGCAGAGUGGAUUGUUCAGGGAGGAGAGUCGCCAGCCUUGAUGUAGAUGGGGUCAUCAAAGUAUGGUCCUUCAACCCCAUCAUGCAGACCAAAGCAUCCUCUAUUUCCAAGUCACCGCUGCUCUCUCUGGAAUGGGCUACUAAACGGGACAGGCUGCUCUUACUAGGCAGUGGUGUGGGCACAGUGCGUCUCUAUGACACAGAAGCCAAGAAGAAUCUCUGUGAGAUCAACAUCCACGAUGACAUGCCCAGAAUCCUGUCUCUCGCGUGCAGCCCCAGUGGGGCCUCUUUCGUCUGCUCGGCUGCAGCUCCAAGCCUCAUCUCGCAGGUGGACUCCUCGGCACCAGACAUUGGCAGCAAGGGCACGAACCAGGUUCCUGGAAAGCUGCUGCUGUGGGACACGAAAACCAUGAAGCAGCAGCUCCAGUUCUCUGUGGACCCAGAGCCCAUUGCUAUCAAUUGCACAGCCUUCAAUCACAACGGAAACCUGCUGGUCACAGGGGCAGCUGAUGGCGUCAUCCGGCUGUUCGACAUGCAGCAGCACGAGUGUGCCAUGAGCUGGCGGGCCCACUGUGGGGAGGUAUACUCCGUGGAGUUCAGCUGUGACGAGAACGCCGUGUACAGCAUCGGUGAGGAUGGCAAGUUCAUCCAGUGGAACAUCCACAAGAGCGGCUUGAAGGUGUCUGAGCACAGCCUCCCCUCAGACGCCACGGGCCCCUUUGUGCUGUCCGGUUACAGCGGCUACAAACAGGUGCAAGUGCCCAGGGGCCGGCUCUUCGCUUUCGACUCAGAGGGCAACUACAUGCUGACAUGCUCUGCCACGGGAGGUGUCAUCUACAAGCUAGGUGGCGACGAGAAGGUCCUGGAGAGCUGCUUGAGCCUCGGUGGUCACCGGGCACCUGUGGUCACCGUGGACUGGAGCACUGCCAUGGACUGUGGGACCUGCCUCACCGCCUCCAUGGAUGGCAAGGUCAAGCUGACCACUUUGCUUGCCCACAAGCUUUGACAGGAGGCUGAGGGAUCCCAGAACUGGCACAGUCCCAGGGAUACAGGACAGGGUGGAACGCUCACUGCUGGUCCCGGCCAGUGAAGCAGGGACAGACUGUACACCGCAGUGACCAUGACCAGGAGCCUCCUGGGGCCAGUGGCACACACUUCCAGAAGCCAGACGGAAAGCUCCGGGAGGAGGAGGGGCAGCGUCUGGCACCGUGCAGACCCAGGAGUGACAGUGUUCUCUGUGUAUUUGCUUGUCUUCUUUUUGUAUAAAAGAGAAUGCACUUGACCAUCA